AUGACUCCAGAAUCUCAGAACAUCACCUGGACGGCGUGCGAUUUCCCACUGCACAGCGGCGAGUCGGCCACGAGGAUCGCCCGGAUCGUCAUCUUCACACUGCUACCGACGCUCUCCAUGGUGAUCCGGAUCAUCACCAAGCUUGCACGGCUAUCUACAUGGGGUCUCGAUGACUACACAAUCAUAGUGGCAUACCUUUACCCCGGUGGGAGGGAGUGA